CUGUCCCGGGCGGAAGGGGGCGCGCACCCGGGAUCCCCAGGCGACGCUGCCAUGGAGGGGGCCACGGUGGCCAGCGACCUGCGGACUCUGGGGUACGGUGCCCUCCCGGAGGCGGCGUCUCGGGGCCCCGCGUGUGCGGACUUCAGGGAGCUGUGCGCGCGGCUGGCGGCCGAGCUGACGGCCCUGAGGGCUCUGGAGCGGCGAGAGGAGGGCGCCGCAGUGCUGGGCGCUGGCCACGGCCCGCCGGACGCGGAGGAGGAGUUCCUGCGGCAGUUGGCCGGCCUGCUGCGGGCGUUGCACUGCCCGGAUCGCGCGCUCUGCGGCGGAGACUGCGCCACGGUCCUGCGGGAGCCCGGCGGUGGCCUGCGCCUGCUGCGGUUUCUUUGCUCGGAGCUCCAGGCUGCUCGCCUCUUGCAUCUGCGGCUCCAGUCGGAUCCUAGCCCUGUGCCAUCCUUUGGAGAAGGCGAAAAGGAGGGAGACGGCAUGGUUCAGGAACUGAUGCUAACCCUUCAAGCCCUGGGACUCCCUAGACCCCUGCGUGGAACCCUGGCUAGCCAGCUACUUCGGGAGUUUCAUGACAAGAUCUCUGAGCUGCUGCCCUCCCUACCCCCAGAGUCCAUGCAGCCCCUCCUUAACUCCCCACUGGAUACGUCACGAUGGGAAGCCCUGGAGUCACUGUCCCAAAGCCUGACAGAGCAGUACUGCUGCCGCCGCUGCCUCCUCCUGAGGCGUCUUGACCUCACGACAGCUGCUUUCCACUGGGGCGACCGGGCAGAGGCCCAAGGGGAGGCCAUGAAGGCAGUGCUGCUCCCGAUCCGAACACUCCUGACCCCGCAAUCCGGUGUCUCUGUCGCACACGUCCUGGCUGCCCGGGCCGACCUUUCCCGUCUGGUCCCGGCUACCAGCGUGGCUGCCCGCCGAGGGACCGCUUGUGCAGUCAACAAGGUGCUUAUGGGAGAUGUGCCAGACCGAGGGGGGCGCCCCGGUGAGCUGGAGCCACCCAUGCCUACCUGGAGGAGCCGAAGGGAAGAUGGAGGGAGGGGGAGGGGCGGUCAGCAGCACGGGGGCCGCAGGAAGAAGAAGUAAAGGGUCCUUGAGGUCCGCUGCAGUGUCUGUCCGGAGCUGGUGCUGUUGCUCACCCUUGGGGAGUCACGGUGAGGGUUCCCCUCGGCAAGCCCCGCCUUCCCGAGGUGCCCCCCCCCACACCCACCACCCCACGCUGUGAGCCACGCUGUCUGAAAAUAAAUUUAAUUCUUUUGAUGGCUA